GUGCCCCCCGCGCCUCCUCUGGCUGCUCCCGCAGCUGUUCAAGUCCAGCGCAGCCUCGUUGCCAGCGUCACCAUAUCCGGCGCUAAAGGGCUCGGCCACCCGGGCGGCCCCGGCCAGCUCUCGGGUCCCUUACACAGGAAACGCAGCCAGAGGGCUGGCCGGAAGUGGGAUCGGGCCGCGAGGCCUUCUGGGAGCAUCUGUUCUCCGGGACAUAACGGACGUGCGCUGCUGCUUGAGUCUCGGACCUGUCCGUGGGUCGCCUGCAUGCGGUGUCUCUGGAUUGCGUUUCGGGGGCUUGCGGCUGGUGGCGCUGCCGGGACCCCUGCGCAGGAAGCGAGGGGGCGGCCCGAGUGAUCCGGUUUGCGCCGGCUGUGGGCUGCGGACUGAGCGCGGGCUCUCGGCCAGAGGACGGACUUGUGAACGUUUGUUGCAUUUGUCGGGAAUUUUAUAUUCCAAACCCUUUGUCUUUUUGUCUCAUGAGAAGUAUCAGCUGAGCUUUUAAACUCAUUUAUCUGGUUUGACGGUUAAAAGCCUACAGGUCCUACCACCCCUACACUAAGACAGACCUGUGGUGUGAGUGUGAAGCCUGAGAACAGGUGUCUGCCAUCUUCUGACUGAGACCCACACCAGAAGCUCAGGAGUCUUGGGCAGGGGUGGACUCUGACCAUCUUGACCAGUCCUUCCCAGAGCCAGCAAGAUCCAAAUGACAUCUCAACCUUGAAAUACCAGCGACAGCUGUACAACAUGGAGUGUUUGACCCAGACCAUGUGGAGAAGAGCUUGGUGUUCCCAGGACUCUGCACUUUGCCAGAAAGAAGAGGACAUGACCAGAUCUUUUAAAACAGUGACUUUCAAGGACGUGGCUGUGGACCUCACCCAGGAGGAAUGGCUGCAAAUGAAGCCUGCCCAGAGGAGUUUGUAUCGAGAUGUGAUGCUAGAGACCUACAGCAACCUAAUAACAGUAGGUUGUCAAGUCAACAAGCCAGAUGUGAUCUUGAAGUUGGAGCAAGAAGAGGAGCCAUGGGUGCUGGAGGAAGAAAUGUUUUGGAGACACUCUCCAGAAGCCCGAAGAGAAGGAAAGAAGAGUUUUGGAUCUAAAGACAUGGCCAAGGGCUUGAAGUUCAAAGAUGUGGUCAUUUACUUCUCUCGAGAGGAGUGGACAUGCUUGUACCAGUCCCACAGGAAUCUGUACCGGGAUGUAAUGUUGGAGAAUUACAGCAACCUCAUUUCACUAGGUCUUGCUGACACUAAGCCAAGUGUGAUCUCACUUUUAGAGCAGGGGAAGGAGCCCUGGAUGGUUAUGAGGAAUGAGACAAAGGAAUGGCAUUCUGAUUGGGCAUCUAGAAGAGAAGGCAAGAACUUACUUCCAGAGGACGGUUACAAAAUUAAAUCAUUGCAACAAAAGAUGGCAAAGAAACCUACAUGCUCCAGCCUUGAGGACAGCAGGGCCAGAGGUAACAGAGAAGUCACAGACCAGUUGGAGAGCCAACAGGACCAUCAGGAGGGACAUUUGAGACAAGCUGUAGUGACCUCUGUCGAGAGGCCAAGUUCCAUCCAAUGCACAGUCCAUAGAGAAGCUCAUCCUUCAGAAAAACCUUGUAAAUGCAAGAAAUGUAAGAAAACAUUCGUGUGCCAAUCAUGUCUCAUUGAACAUGAGCAAAGUCACGAUAAAGAAAAAGGCACUGGGUGUGCACAAUGUGGGAAAGUCUUUAACUGUAGGUCAGACUUAAUUGUGCAUCAGAGCCUUCAUGGAAGCAAAAAGAGCAGUGAGAACAAGAAAAGUGACCUUCUCUGUGGUUCUGACAUCCUGAAGCCUCAGAGUACUCCCAGUAGUGAGAAACCUCACAAGUGUAAGGAAUGUGGGAAAGGCUUCCAUACUACCUCACAGCUCAGUCACCAUCAGAAGUUGCAUGUAGGUGAGAAGCCCUACAAGUGUAAAGAGUGUGGGAAGGCUUUUCCAUCUAAUGCACAGCUUAGUCUUCACCAGAGAGUUCACACUGAUGAGAAGUGCUUUGAAUGUAAGGAAUGUGGGAAAGCCUUCACCCGGCCCUCACAUCUUCUUCGUCACCAGCGAAUCCACACUGGUGAGAAGCCUCAUAUGUGUAAGGAAUGUGGGAAGGCCUUCCGUUACGACACUCAGCUUAGUCUUCAUCAGCUAACUCACGCUGGGGCACGACGCUAUGAGUGUAAGGACUGUGACAGAGUGUAUAGCUGUGCCUCACAGCUCACUUUACAUCAGAUGGUUCACACUGGGGAGAAGCCUCACAAGUGUAAAGAGUGUGGGAAAGGCUUUAUCUCUGAUUCACAUCUUCUUCGACAUCAGAGUGUUCACACUGGUGAGAAGCCCUAUAAAUGUAAGGAAUGUGGGAAAGGCUUCCGUCGUGGCACAGAACUUGCCCGGCAUCAGAGAGCCCAUGCUGGUGAGAAACCCUAUAAAUGUAAGGAGUGUGGAAAGUCAUUCACAUGUACUACAGAGCUCAUGAGACACCAAAAAGUUCACACUGGUGAGAGACCCCACAAAUGUAAGGAGUGUGGGAAGGCUUUCAUUCGAAGAUCAGAGCUAACACAUCAUGAAAGAAGCCACAGUGGUGAGAAACCCUAUGAGUGUAAGGAAUGCGGGAAGACUUUUGGCCGGGGCUCCGAGCUUAGUCGACACCAGAAAAUCCAUACUGGGGAGAAGCCCUAUAAGUGUAAGCAGUGUGGGAAAGCCUUCAUUCGUGGCUCUCACCUCACCCAACAUCAAAGAAUCCACACAGGACAGAGGAGUGAAUGAAGAGACACUGCCAUCAGAAAAUUGAUACAUCAUAGGGUUUCUCAGCAGCAUUAGAGUUCAUACUCAAAGACCAAUUAGGGCCAGAAACAAUUGGACACUUGUCACCAGUAAGAAACCUUACAAUUACAGAAAUCAGAAGUGACCAAAUGGUUCCAGAAUUUACCGUGAGGCUUUAGUUUAUGAAAAACUAGAAAUUUCCAUGAAUGUAAAGAAAGUAGGAAUGCCCUUUCAGUGGCCUAGAGCCACAUAUGCCUCAGAGAAUUCAUACCAGGAAAAAACUGAGGUGGCAGUAAUGUCAGAGGAAUUAGUCCUUAGCCCUCAGAGGAGAAAAUUCAUAACCACCAUACAAGUGUGAUCUCUCGUACUGAAGGCCACACUUGUGUUAACAAUCCAACACAUUCUUCAUCCAUCCCACUCAACUUUUAUGAAAUAUUUGCAAGUUUAUUCUAUGCAAUGAAUUUGAACUGAGGGAGUGUGGGUAAGGACUUAACCAUGUUUACUUUGUGCCUGUCCUCACUCAAGAGUUCACGCAGGGUGAAUCACUUAGUGACUUUAAAUUCUUUUAUAAAUUAGUAAUGUUAGUGUCAUGUAUCAAGUUAUACUGUGAGGAUAUGUAUAGUUUGGAAUAGCAUCCAGCAGGCAUGGUGGUGCACACCUGUAACAUGAGCACCCAGGAGCCAAAGGCAGGAGGAUCACAAGUGAGACUAGCUUGAAGAAUGUUCAAGAAAAGAAAGAUAUGCCAAAGAUAACUGCUUUCCUUGUUAUUUUCAAAAUUGUGAACUUUUAUGUAGCAAUCUUAUAAAAGGAAAGCCUUACAUGUCCAGUGCUUGGAGGGACAUUUUGCAUUGUCUCCUUGACUGUUACAGAAUCCUUUUGAAGAAAAACUGAGUUUCCAUUCAUAGUUUGCCCUUCUGCUCGUCAGAAGGUCCAGAGUUUAAACGUAGUCCCGUUGGGGGAGGUGGGGAGAUUUUGAUGACACAGGUGUUGUGUGGGAGAUGAAGAUGAAAUUAUCACUGAGCUAAGGCCAGUUGGACACGCAGAGACUAGUCUUGCUUGUCCCCCUCUGCAAUGUCUCCAACCACUCCCCCUGGCUAAGCACGUGGCCUCCUAUGUGAUAGAGGAUCUGAGCACAAGUCCACAGUGGACUUCAGCAGCAAGACACGGACAAAUGGUCUUAGCUGCAGGGAGCACAUCUGUACCACCAGGUGGCGCCUGGUUUGUGUUGCAAUCACAAGGCCAUGAGGCUAAGAUUGUCAUGGGAAAAUCAUUGUCAUUGACAUUGUGGCUUCAUGAAACCAUGAACUACCCUUUCCCUGAACUUGCAGAGUAAGAAAUGAAUAAUUGAAAAUUAAUACUUAGCUCUUUACAGUAUACCUAACUCUUGGGAAAUUACCAUUUAAAAAUAUUUUUACAUAUAUAUUCAGUUUCAGUAAAGUAGGAUGUUUAUAUAUAUAUUCAGCUUUUAUAGUAUAUCUGAUACAGAGAAGCAUUAUUUUCCAAAGUAUUUUCUUAGCCAUAUUAUUGAAAUACAUAUUUAGUUUUGAUUUAGUAAGAUAUAGGAUGUUUACUUAAAGCAUUUGAUCAUGUAUUUUUAUAUCCUGAUUUUUAUAAUAUACCUUAAAUCUUGGAAAACUUUUGUUUUCCUGGAUGAAGUUGAGAACUUCAUUCGGGAGAACCUGCUUAAGGAACUACACUAAUUCCUCUAUAAAUGAGUCAUCUGACAGCUAAAAAUCUUCUACCUCUUUAGGACACAAGACACUCACAUCUGUGAAGGGAGCAAACAUUUUACCAAAUUUGGAAAAGGGGAGCAUCUAAAAUAAGUCAGCUAUUUGCAAACCCAUUGUCCUUAGUAGCGGUAUUCUGAUUAGACCAGCGAGGUGCUCUGUGCAGAUGUGUUUGUGGACGUGCUAGUAAGUAAAUGAGAGUGAUAAAGCAGGAACUUGAGAAUAGCAGGUGCCUGCUGGGAAGGGAAACUACCUCCCAGUCUACAGACUUCCACUUGAGAACAGGCGCCAUCCAUUGGAGUUCAUCUGCCUCACACUGUAGAACAAUAAUGCAUGGCAUAAGUAAGUAAAACUCCUAAUUAUUAGAAAGACUACUGCACAACAAUUUAUAACUGAAUUCAGGUAGUGAGUAAGUGUGUUAGGUGCACACGUGUGUGGAGGCCAGAGGUCCACCUAAGAUGUCCUACCUCAGGAGCCAUCCACUUUGGUGUUGUGAUAUAGGACCUCAUGAGGAGCUAGGGCUUGCCUAUUAGGCUCAGCUGGCUGACCAGUGACCACGCGCCCACUUGGCCCUGUAGCCUUAUCAUUGGAAUUAAAAAUCAAGUGCCACAUCACCCGACUUUUUUUCUGUGGGUUUUGGGGAGAUUUGUAGCUCAGGUCCCUCAUCCUUGUACAGCAAAUACUUCACUGGCUGAGCUAUCUCUCCAACCCAUCACAGUAUUUUUUAAAAGGGAGAAAUGAUUACUGGAUUUUUUUAAUCUGCACUGCUAUAGUAAUUUAAUAAAUCUAUCUAAAAUUUUAACUAUUCUUCUAAAAAGAGAACUUGCACAUUUUAUAGGAAUUAAAUUAAUAAAAGCAGGGUUUUUUUUUUUUAAAGGUGAUAUUAGUGCUGAUUUCAGUGUUGGAAGGAUAACUCUUUAUCUUCUGCUCAUGUAUACAUACUUUUUCCAAGACUUGAAUGUCCUCUCCCAGAUGUAUGUAUCAUGAUGCCCCUGGAAGCAAGCAUAUGCUACAGUGAUUUCUUUUGAGAGCCGACAUUGACCGCACUGUCUGAAGUGCUGGGAGUCAUGGAGGCUGUGCUUCCGGCCCCGCUCUGGUUGGGGCAGACACCCAUGCUUAGACCCAGGUCGGCAACAAGUUGUGGGAGUGUAUUGAAUGGGAUUGUGGGUACACACGGAGGGAUGCAGCCUCCUUUUCUCAUAUGGUAAUAUACUGUAGACAUCUUUCUAGUCAGUACUUACAGAUCUAACUAGCAUCACAUAAUUCACACAAGUCAUGUGUGUGCAGCCCAUUCUUUACCUCGAAUGUUCAGGUUAGUUUUACCAUCAACAACAAGUUCAAGACACAGAUAUUGCCUCCUAUUGGUGUUCCUGCUUCUGUAAAGCAGGCGAAUCCCUCCCUGCCAGUUGAACCCUUGCCUUAACAUAGUAGACUUAAACUGUACUCAGUGCCUUGUUGUUUUUGUGUGAAGCUCUCAGUUAGCUCCCCAGAAACGUGUGUGCAUUUCUCAACUGUCGACCAGGACUGAAAACGUGCCUUCCAUUUGCACUUCCUUAACUACCAGCAAGGCUGAGCAUCUUCCGGGCCUGUGGGACAUUUGAGCUUUGUUUCUGUGAAUUGCACAUUGUUAUCAGUCUCCCUUUGUAAAAUUGGAGUUGUUUUUUUAAGACAUUUGUAGAAACACAGCUAGGAGAUCAUAUUACCACAUUAGCAAUUUAUUGUCUUAGUCUAGCAAAUGUCAUUUGCCCUUGUUUAUAGUAAAAGUUAGCAAAUAUUUUCUGAAGGGCCAGACACUAUUUCAGGCUUUGGGGACCUGUUUUGAUGCAACCUUUGCAGCAUGGACGCGUAUCUGUCUGAGACAGCGGUUCUCAGACUCUUCUGCCACAUCCCCAGCAGACAUUCGCCAGUGUCCACAGGCAUUUCCAUUUGUCACUUUAAAGAUGAUUGCUGCUUGUGUCUUGUGGACAGGCCAGAGAUCUCCUCAGUGUCUUGUGAUGCACACUCUAGUCCCCAAAGCAAAAUGAUGUUGCACUCCAAAAAGAUCAGUUACAUUUCUGGCCAAACAGAACUGAAUACCACAGUGUCGAUACAGCAUUCACAGAAGCAAGCAGCUGCCAUAUUGUACCUGCAGGUGUAGUUUUCUCACCCUGACUUUGGCUUUUGUCUGCAUGCAGUUUCACUGGCUGUGUUUCUGAAUUACCUUUUAUCCCAAGUAGUUUUCUGUAUUUUAUGACCUUAAAUCUUCCUUCCUAAAAAUUCAGAGGAUCAGUAGCAUGUGUGUAACAAUGGCCCAGUAUUUUUCAAGCAUGAGUUUUUGUUUGCUUAGUUUUGGUUGAAAUUACAUUUAAUAAAUCAUUUCAGAAAAAUAU